AUGAAUACUGGACCAGGAAUUGACGAUAAGGAGAAAAAAAUUUCUUAUUAUCCGAAGAGUUCUGAUGGUCGGUACAUUCGAAUGGAAUUUAUUAGUCGUGGUCGCUACAAGGAGGUGUACGCGGCAUUAGAUGUGGAGGAGGGUACACAAGUGGCAUGGUCUGAGACGCGCUGUACAGUAGGCGAGAGUGCGGAGUUACUUUUGCAGGAGAUAUUUCUCCUUCAGCAACUAAGCCAUCCUAAUCUACUCCACUGCAGUGCUUGUUGGGUGGAAACCACAAGGAACUGUUAUGUUUUCAUUACAGAACUCAUGCCAAGUGGAACACUUAAGGAAUAUCAAAAACUUAUGCCACAAGGACGGUUUCAUACUAAAGCCCUUGUACGGUAUGCACGUCAAAUUCUCUCUGCAUUACAAUAUCUGCAUGAACGUGAUAUCAUACACCGUGAUGUGAAGUGUAGUAAUAUCUUUGUUAGUGGUCAUCAGGGUGAAGUUAAGAUUGGUGAUUUAGGCCUUUGCACGAUGGAAGGCGUUGGCUCGGAUGUAGUGGGAACCCCGGAGUACAUGGCUCCUGAGAUCUAUGAAGGUCAAUACAGCACGGCGGUGGAUGUAUGGGCCUUUGGGAUGUGUGUGUUGGAGAUGGCCACGGGGAAGAAGGCCUACAACGACUGUGAAGAUGUGGGAGAGAUCCACCGCCGGGUGUCGAUGGGAGUUCUCCCGCACGUGGCGGAGAUCGCCGAUGUCUCUGUUCGCUCGCUGGUCGCGCGGUGUCUGCAGCGGGAUCCCGCCGCCCGGCCGAACACCACACAACUCCUGAACGACCCGCUCUUCUUUCCUCUGGAGGAGACGGUGUGUUCUUCUCUCAGCCGCUCGCCCUCGCGGGAGCCCACCGUCAGUCUCAACGACCAAACGCAGCAGAGCGAACACGAACAGGACCCCGACAACGAGCCCGAGCCCAGCGUCGACACGGAGAUGGACCGCGAGGGAGAAGAGGAGGAAGUGGAGGACGGGAGGUUUACAGACGCGAGUUCGUGGCUGCGGGAGGCACCGGCGGAAAUACGCGCAGACGCGCUUCGUUGUGCCUGGCGCCGUGGAUGGCUCUCCGUCUCCACACACGCCAACACAUACUCCGGCUUCAACAACCGCAGUAACUCCCAAAACUUGCACCUCCACCGCCGCUCGCUGCCGUCGCCCUUCGCCUUCACACUCCCACACCCACACCGGCGGCACACGCAUCACAACCAUCACCACCGCUGGCAUCAUCGACAGUUCUACGUCGCUAGUAGUAGCGGCAGUAAUGUCUGCAGCGGGCUGAACACACCAAAGAUGACCGCCGGAGUGCUGAGAUCAACUCCCGCAUUCUGUGCGGAGUUUGAUGGACCACUGGACUGUACAGAGGCGCGGCAAGGAUCACUCUUCUCAGGCGAUACACUCCACACAAGUAGACGAUGCGAUUUUUCAGAUUAG